AUGUUCGGUUAUCCGUCUGGUAUCGGCGCACUACUUGUCCGAACUGAUCGAACACAUCUUUUAAAAAAAAGCUAUUUCGGUGGCGGUACAGUGAAAGUGGUGGUGCCAGAUGCUAUGGAGGUGCAUCCACGUGAUCAUUUUGUCGAA